CUAAUGCUGCUGUAAGUGAACCAAUCAGGGUGCAUCUAGACUAUGUAGACAAUCUGUGUGAAUGCUGUAGACAUGCCACUUGAUUCGGUAUAGUAGGGAACUCGCCAGACACAACUAUUUAUAGAAAAUUACGUGCCGGUCAGAUACAUGCUGCGGUAGGAUUCCAUUAGGGGAUUCUAGUGUAGACACUGUCUGUCUAACUAAUGAGUGGGUCAGAUCCUGUUGAUGAUAGAGCUGACGAUAGGAGACUGACACGUGCACAGGCACUAAGGGUACCGCACAUGUUCCAGGCCUUGGAGCCGGGAGAAGAAAGACGGAUACGUAGAGCCCAUGCUCUAGCAGCAGGAAUACAGGAAGCAAACAGAGCAGCAAGAGAGCAGGCAACAGCAGCCAGAGCAGCUGCGAUGGCUAAUGGCGCAAGCUCUGCUGCGUCAUCGUCUGCGUCCUCGUCAGGGACUAAUGGGAGCCAAUUGGGAAUGCCAACGAGUUCCACAAGUUCCUCGGGCACUUCCGGUUCCACAGGCUCUAGACAGUCUUCUAGUCAAAUGGCGGGCGCGCAGUUCAGCCCGUUGACCCCGCGUGAGAGGGAGCUCAGAGAGAUCCAGCAGGUCGAGAGGCUCCGCCGUAAGUUAGAGCAGGACCUGAAAGAUGCUACCGAUAGAGAAAAUGCGAUGAAAACUAGAGCAGCCAAGCUUGAAACUUUAGAGGCUGACAAGGCUGAAUUAGAGGGCUUGGAUGAGUCAGCAUUGACUGACCCGCUAAAAGUAUUGAAGAAUAAUAUGUUGUCAUUGCACGCACACAUGGACAACAAAUUAGACUUCAUGCAGAGCACUCUAGACCAGAUCUUGGAUGCUUUGACAAGGCCAGGAUUCCGGCCACCAGCACAAUCGCCGUUGCCAUUAUCGGCAAUGUCAGGCCCCUUUCCAGUUCAAGCUGGUACACAGCCAAGUGGUACGUCUGCAGCAGUCUCACAGACUGUUGCGUCUUCUUCUUCGGGUCCACCGGUGAUUGCUACAUCACCGCAACAACCUGUUCCUCCACAGGGACAGCAGCAAGGGUUGACCCCGCGUGAGAGGGAGCUCAGAGAGAUCCAGCAGGUCGAGAGGCUCCGCCGUAAGUUAGAGCAGGACCUGAAAGAUGCUACUGAUAGAGAAAAUGCGAUGAAAACUAGAGCAGCCAGGCUUGAAACUUUAGAGGCUGACAAGGCUGAAUUCGAGGGCUUGGAUGAGUCAGCAUUGACUGACCCGCUGAAAGUAUUGAAGAAGAAUAUGCUGUCAUUGCACGCACACGUGGACAACAAAUUAGACUUCAUGCAGAGCACUCUAGACCAGAUCCUGGAUGCUUUGACAAGGCCUAGAUUCCGACCACCAGCACAAUCGCCGUUGCCGUUAUCGGCGAUGUCAGGCCCCUUUCCAGUUCAAGCUGGUACACAGCCAAGUGGUACGUCUGCAGCAGUCUCACAGACUGUUGCGUCUUCUUCUUCGGGUCCAGUGGUGAUUGCUACAUCACCGCAACAACCUGUUCCUCCACAAGGACAGCAGCAAGGGCAUUGGUACCCUAAGACCCCGAUGAAACCGCCUCUUCCCUUCUCAAGGGAAAGAAAGGACGAAGAACUCAACACUUGGUUGAGAACGGUCCCGGUUUGGGUGAAGGCCAAAAGAACCUUGCUAGAGGACGAAGUGGUAACUGCGGCAUCUUACCUGGAGGGUAAGGCAGCCAAAUGGUUAGAUGGGGUAGUUAUAAAGGCCGGGUAUGGGAGACGCAUGGCGGACUGGGCUAAGUCUCUUACGUUAGACCAGUUUAUGGAAAUGGUAGAAGCUCGAUGGCAUAACCCACAGGAGGCACAAAGGGCCAUUGAUGCCAUUAACAAACUAGACCAACGAAAGUUCAAGUCGGUUAGAGAGCUUACGACUACCGUGGAGAGCCUGAUCCUCGUCCCAAGCAUUAACUACAGCGACCAGUUCCUCGACUACGUUUGUCAGAUGUCUCCCAGAGAACAUCAGGAACUUACUAGCCAGUGAGGCACGCACCGAGUACCACUCGUUUGAGAAAUUGUCUAGGAAAGCCUUAGACUUGGAGGCCACGCUAGGCAAUGCUCAACCCACCUCA